AAUAUAUAUAUUGGAAACUUUUUUUUGUUGUGAAAUGAUGGAGAGUUUGGAGGAAGUGGCCGAUAGGGCAGAGGCGGAAAGGCAACAGAGUUUGAAGGAUCUCGAACAGCUGUACGAGUGGCUGCAGCAAUUCGAGGAUCCGCCGCCAGCUCCGAGACCGCCGCCGCCUCAACAGUUCAGAAAUGGGGACAUUACUCAAAAAGGAUACGAGAAGAAGAGGACACGUCUACUUACUCCCUAUGUGCCUAAACAAAAUUCAACCGGAAGUUCUGGGAACGAUGGCGGCACCGGAAAUGGAAAUGCCGGAAAUAGCGGCGGUGGCUACGGCGUCGGAAAACAACACACGAGACGCCGCACGCAGCGCCGCGUCACGCAAAACGAGAAGAGAUAUCAUUCAGCUGCCGGAGGUGAGUCGAGGGGCGUCAGUCCUGCCACAAGGGCCUUCCGACGUGGAAAUCGACGUCUCACCCGUAAUGAGAGUCGCUAUCAUUCCGAAGUUAGGCAGGAGGCGGUGCAGCAGGCCCUCGCACAGGCCAUGCAGAACAGGCAAAAACCCUCCUUACCGAUGCCAUCGAAAAGGACGUCCGUUAUGGCCAGGAGUCCAGAUAGAGAUCGUCACGACUCGGAAUCCUCGUCAGAUGAAGAUAGCAUAUUGAAUGAAGAGAUCAGUACUCCGGAGCGCGAGAAAAUAAGGACUCCACAAAUGUUGCCGCCACCCCCGAUGUCGGACACGAGCAGUACCGGUUCUCCGCCUCCUCCACAUCACAGACCGCGCUUACCAGCGCCGACUCCCGUCUGGGAAAACAGAUCUUCGCGUAACACGGAAAUCACGGAUAUAUCGCACGAGUUGCAGAACUUCAGGCCAUAUAUCCAACCACCGGACGUGACUCACAAUACUGCUCAGGGUGGCCGUAGGAAUACCGGAGCGGACCGGGUGAACCAUUAUGCAACAUCCACGUCCGGCGAUACCAUCAGCAUGGGCACGGGCCGUUGGAAGGUCUCCGCCAAAAUUCAGCAGCUAUUGAACACAUUGAAGAGACCGAAGCGCAGACCGUUGCCGGAGUUCUACGAGGACGACGACAUCGAUCUGGAAAUUGCAGCUAACCCAAAAGAUCCGAAUGCACCCAAACCAGAAGGAAGUUGCAUGUCACCUGUUGUGGGCGAGCAGUUGUUGGUGCCGUCGGGAUUGCCACGCAAUCUGGAAGCAGCUAUCUCCCGUUAUGGCUCCGGCUCAUACAAGGCCCAAGUGGCAACCGUUCUGGAUCCCAACGGCAAAUUAACCACAACCCUGACUUAUGGGAAACUCCUCAGCCGUUCGUACAAAAUUGCUUACGCUCUGUUGACGAAGGCGUUCAACAGGAAUGGCGACACCAGCUUAAAAUGCGGCGAUCGCGUCGCCCUCGUCUAUCCCAACAGCGAUCCCAUCAAUUUCCUGUGCGCCUUCUACGGGUGUCUUCAGGCCGGUAUCGUUCCGGUGCCCAUCGAGGUACCAAUCACCAGACGCGAUGCGGGAUCCCUGCAGAUUGGAUUUCUGCUCGGCAGCUGCGGCGUGCAGGUUGCUCUCACUUCCGAGGCCUGCCAGAAGGGACUGCCCAAGACGACGUCCGGUGAGGUGGCCCAGUUCAAGGGUUGGCCAAAGUUGCACUGGUUUGUCACCGAGCAUCUGGGGAAGACACCCAAAGACUGGCAACCGGCACCGCGUCUCACCGACGAAACGCCAGCAUACAUCGAGUACAGCACCGAUCGAGAUGGCUCGGUAAUGGGUGUCCGCAUUACCAGAGCUGCUAUGCUCUCGCACUGCCGCACCCUGACGAUGGCCUGCAGCUAUACAGAAGGAGAAAACAUGGUGUGCGUGCUGGAUUUCAAGAGGGAGGUGGGACUGUGGCAUUCCGUUCUGACGAGCGUCCUGAAUGGAAUGCAUGUUAUUUACAUUCCCUACGCCCUGAUGAAAGUCAAUCCAGCAAGUUGGAUGCAGAUGAUCACCAAGUACAAGGCAAGCGUGGCCGUCGUCAAAUCGCGUGAUCUUCAUUGGGGCCUACUCGCUACCAAGGACCACAAGGACGUCAAUUUAUCUUCCUUGCGUAUGCUGCUCGUAGCCGACGGUGCGAAUCCUUGGUCGUUGAGCUCCUGCGAUCAAUUCUUGCAAGUUUUCCAGGCUAAAGGAUUGCAAUCUGAUGCCAUUUGCCCCUGCGCCAGCUCCAGCGAAGUUUUAACUGUCUCGGUCAGACGACCAGGACGCGCUGGAGUCAAUGCAACCGGCAGAGGUGUCCUAUCUAUGCAAGGUUUAAGCUACGGCGUGGUGCGCGUGGAUCAAGAGAACAGUCUCACUUCACUGACGUUACAAGAUUGCGGCCAAGUUAUGCCCGGUUGCGUAAUUGUCGUGGUGAAGAUGGAAGGACCCGCUUAUUUAUGCAAAACCGACGAGGUGGGCGAGAUUUGCGUGAAUUCCGGAUGCACCGGCGCCGAGUAUUGGGGCCUACAGGGGCUCACCAAUAGCACUUUUAAGGUGCAACCGCUCGGUACGGAUGGAAACAUCCUCUCCGACGCCGAGUACACCAGGUCCGGAUUGCUGGGCUUCCUCGGACCUGGAGGACUGGUCUUCAUAUGCGGCUCUAGGGAUGGUCUGAUGACCGUCACAGGAAGAAAGCACAACGCGGAUGACAUCAUCGCCACAGUGCUGGCCGUCGAACCGAUGAAGUUCAUCUACCGAGGUCGCAUUGCCGUCUUCAGCCACCGUGUGUUGAGGGAUGAAAGAAUAUGCGUGAUCGCAGAGCAGCGACCUGAUUGCAGCGAAGAGGAGUCAUUCCAGUGGAUGUCACGAGUAUUGCAGGCUGUCGAUUCCAUCCAUCAGGUGGGCAUUUACUGUUUGGCCCUGGUGCCUCCAAAUCAUUUACCGAAAACCCCCCUCGGAGGCAUCCACCUGUCUGAGACGAAGAGACGAUUCUUGGAGGGAACUUUGCAUCCAGCCAACGUUUUACUGUGCCCACACACGUGCGUCACAAAUCUACCGAAACCCAGAGAGGUCCACUCAGCAACGGACUGUGUUUCAGACGUUGGUCCUGCGUCUGUCAUUGUUGGGAACCUCGUUCAAGGUAAUCGUUUGGCUAGUGCACAAGGAAGGGAUAUGGGACCAGAUGACGAGAAUGAUGCCAAAAAGUUGCAUUUCAUAUCAGAGAUUCUUCGUUGGAGAGCGACGAGUACUUCGGACCAUGUCCUGUUUACUUUACUCAACAGCAAAGGAGCUAUAGCCAAAGCACUUUCCUGCUCGGAACUGCACAAGCGCGCCGAGAAGAUUGGUAAUCUGUUGACCGAAAAGGGUCGCAUCAAUACAGGAGAUCAUGUGGCUUUGAUAUUCCCCCCUGGUCUUGAUUUGAUCUGCGCCUUCUACGGUUGUCUCUACGUGGGUGCAGUACCCGUGACGAUAAGACCUCCGCAUCCACAAAACUUGCAGACCACUCUACCCACAGUUCGGAUGAUAGUCAAUGUGUCUGAAUCUGUGAUAGUAUUAUCCACGCAAGCAGUCAUCAAGCUGCUGAAGUCUAAGGAAGCGAGCAACGUGGUGGAUAUAAAGUCUUGGCCAUCGAUUCUGGAUACAGACGAUAUGCCGAAGAAGAAAAACCCGUUGGCUUACAGAGCCCCAACUGCCGAAAUGCUGGCAUAUUUGGAUUUCAGCGUGUCCACCACGGGAAUGCUUGCAGGAAUUAAAAUGUCUCAUGCAGCUGUUACGAAUCUGUGCAGGAGCAUGAAGCUCGCCUGCGAAUUAUACCCAAGUCGCCACAUCGCACUCUGUUUGGAUCCCUAUUGCGGACUGGGCUUCGCUCUAUGGUGCUUGAGCAGCAUAUAUUCGGGCCACCACUCGAUUCUUAUACCUCCUUCCGAAGUUGAGGUGAAUCCUUCUCUAUGGCUCUGCGCGGUCAGCCAGUAUAAGGUGCGAGACACCUUCUGCUCGUACGGCGUUAUGGAGCUAUGCACCAAGGGUUUAGGAUCUUCGGUGAACCACUUGAAAUCCCGCAACAUUAACUUAGCUUGCGUGAGGACCUGCGUGGUCGUCGCCGAAGAGAGGCCUAGAAUAAAUCUUACAACUAGCUUUUCGAAGCUCUUCAGCGCGUUGGGAUUGAGCCCAAGGGCCGUGUCCACCUCGUUCGGAUGCCGAGUGAACGUGGCCAUCUGUCUGCAGGGCGCUUCUAGCCCAGAACCAUCAAGUGUGUACGUGGAUUUGCGAGCACUCAGGAACGACAGAGUGAGUCUGGUAGAGCGCGGAAGCCCGAACAGCUUAUGCGUUAUGGAGUCGGGUAAGCUGUUGCCCGGCGUUAAAGUGAUCAUAGCAAAUCCGGAGACGAAGGGCCAGUGCGGCGAUUCUCAUCUUGGUGAGAUUUGGGUGCAGAGCGGACACAACGCAAGCGGAUAUUUCACGAUUUACGGCGACGAGAGCGAUUACGCCGAUCAUUUUAAUGCGCGUCUAGUCACCGGAAAUACCGGGGAGGUUUAUGCGAGAACCGGAUAUUUAGGGUUCUUGAGGCGCACCGAAGGCAUCGAGAGUGGAGGCGAAGAGACUACGGUUGGAGGCAGCGAUACUGAAUCACUGGGUUCUCAGCAGCACAUAACUACCGAUGCGCCAGAGCUUCAUGAUGCCGUCUUCGUCGUUGGUGCAUUGGACGAAACCAUCAUGCUUAGAGGAAUGCGGUAUCAUCCUAUUGACAUUGAAAAUAGCGUAUUACGUUGCCACAAGAAGAUAGCGGAAUGCGCUGUUUUCACUUGGACCAAUCUUCUAGUAGUGGUAGUAGAAUUGGAUGGGAACGAGACGGAAGCGUUGGAUUUAGUACCUCUAGUAACUAAUACCGUGCUGGAAGAGCAUCAGCUGAUCGUGGGAGUGGUCGUCGUCGUGGACCCAGGAGUUGUGCCAAUUAAUAGUCGCGGCGAGAAGCAGCGCAUGCAUCUGCGAGACGGCUUCCUCGCCGACCAAUUAGACCCCAUCUACGUAGCCUACAAUAUGUAAAGGCUUAUUAACUUCUUAAGUGGAUAAUAAUAAUAAAUAUUGUAUUAACAAUACUAGCGAUAAUCGAUGGAACAAAGAACGGAGGAAUGAUGAAGAGAAUAAGAAAAAAAAAA